GUACCUUUCACCCGGAAAAUCCCCUCGAGUGCCGCAUGUGCUCUGCCACUCACUCCACCACGACAAUCCCAUCUAUACCUGCCCACACCGCCCGCAAUAUUCACUGCCCGCCCGUCACCCCGCCCAUUCCGUCCGAAAUACGCCCAACCCCCAGAAUUGGCCUCGUGUGAUCGCAUGGCGAAUGCACGCGACAGCAGCAUCAUCUGCCAAUCCCCACCACCCGCGCGGUAACAACGUCGACGCUCCACGCAUCGCUCCCUGAGCGCACCAACCCGCCAUCAUGGCUUUCAACUUCAACUGGUCGCCGCUGAUAGCCGACACAUCGAGGGCGCGCGACAUGCUCACCACGGCCCUCAACAAGUCGCCCAAGCCGCCCAUCAUCGUCGACGACAUCAUCGUCACCGAGCUGAAUCUCGGCACCACCCCGCCCGAGCUCGAGAUACUAGAGAUUGGAGAUUUGGCUGAGGACCGGUUCAGGGGCAUCUUCAAGAUGUCGUAUGCGGGCGACGCGUUUCUGACGCUCAAAACAAAGGUCCAGGCAAAUCCGCUGAAAACCUAUCUCUCCAACAAGCCAGACUUUGCGUCACCGCAGCCCCUGGCAGCGUCAUCGGGCUUGACUAUACCGUUGCAAAUUACAUUGUCUAAUAUUCGGCUGUCCGGUUUCGUCAUCUUGGUCUUCUCCAAACAAAAGGGCUUGACGCUGGUCUUCAGGAACGACCCUCUGGAUUCGCUCAAGGUCUCGUCGACGUUUGAUUCAAUCCCCUUUGUGCGCGACUACCUGCAAAAGGAGAUUGAGGGCCAACUGCGUGUCUUGUUCAUGGAAGAUUUGCCAGCUAUCAUUCACAGGUUGUCACUACGCAUGCUGUCGCCCGAAUACCAAGAGAUCGAAACAGAAGAGCGGCUAGAAAGCGCCAACGAUACCACCGCAGCCAUCGAUCCCCUCGCAUCGCCGCCACAAGACGCUGUCGAUGCGUUCGGCAACCCACUAGACGAAGCGCAGAUCUCGGCCUUGUCGCUCGACUCUGGCGAGAUACACGCCUCUUUCUCCCAGAAGAACAUCCUCCGCCUAGCCGCACUCUCCGAAUCGCAACGAACCCUAUCUCUCUUUACACCUGGCAUUCGCGAUGCUGUCUUCCGAGCGUGGGCCGGUCACCCAGAUAGGCCCGAGUCUGGUGCUGCGACACCAGCACUCACACAAGGCAGUUUGUCAAGGAUACAGUCGACGUUUGGCAGCCUCAAGUCUGGCGCCUCGUCGGUUGCAUCUGGCAGCACAGGCAACGAGACGCUGAGCUCGCGACCCACCAUGGCAUCGGCGUACUCGACAUCAGCGGGGCUCAGUCUUGGCUCAAGUCGCUCUCGCACUGGUGGCAUGCGGAAACGGAAGAAGCGUGUUGUUGAUCUACGCAAGAAGGACGGCGUCGACUCGGGCGUCUCCACAGGUGCCAACACACCGUUGCCAAGCGCAUAUGCCUCCGAGACAUCGAGCGUCAUACCAGAGGAAAGAGAGGCAGAGGAGGAACUCGCUACCCCACCAACGAGCCCCGCACAACCUGGUAUGCGCUUCGAGAGUAGACGCGGCAGUCUGGACAUCGGUACCCCGAAACGGAUACCCGAAGAACCGCCUGCUUUUGGUCCUCUUCUCGCCCCUGCGCCAGUUCUCUCGGAGACAUCCAAGCCCGCCAAAUCGAAGCAAAAGACCCCACCGCCAGCUCACCUCGAAGACCCAUUCAUCUCCCACACCUCUUCCAGGCGUCCACCGUUGUCGCGCAAUAAGCUACGCCAAGCACAGCAAUCCACCUCGCCGCUCCUCCGCUCCCUGUCGUUUGACAAAGUCUCGUCGCUCUCCGCUCUCUGCUCGCCGCCGCGCACAUCUUCCCCACCGAACGCUGACAUCAUGGCCAGCUCGGGCGGCAUCCUCGAACAAGCAUGGAUGACGAAGAUGGCGCAGGAGAUUGCUCGCAAGGUCCAAGAAGAAAAGGACCGAUCAUCUCGGCGACCGUCACACACCAGGACAAAGACAGCACCCACAGGAGGCUUCUGGCAGAGCGAUGAUGAGAUCGAAGCACCGCCCGCUUACGUUGCGUAAGCAAUGAUGAAGUUAUGAGCCAUGAAGAUUUUCACAACGUAUCGUCUUCGUACAUAUUAGUUCUUGCAUGUUAUUUUUGUCCAUCACUUGUUUCUUUUGUUAAUCAUUCUGCUUGUUAGCAUUGGCGUAUCAGGACUGGGAAAAGCUCGUUGUCGUUGGAUCAACUUGAGUAUAUAACUUAGGGGGGUUAGUGGGGCUCUAAACAUAAUGAGCGGUGCAUAGAAGAGCGAUGGAGACGAAAAGGCAAGCGCGAUAUGGCAUCGUCGCUUUUACAUACCAGACUACUAAUCUCAUUACCUGACGCGACGUAUGCGUCGCUUAGAAGAGUAUAUAUCGAAUCA